AUGGCCAGUGGUCCUCUGAGACAAGCCUGCAGUGAAAUGGCUUAUACUUCACCUUUUGCUGCCAGCAACCCUUCAGUGCAGGCCAGAUUGACAUUACUCGAGAAACAAUUCAUACUUCAAAGAGAGCAGUUGAGUCGACAGUUUGAGGAGCAAUGUAGACUCCUCGAUAAUGAACAACAAGCAAAGGUUCAAGAAUAUCUCAAAAUAAUUUUGAAUCAGCAGCAAAAGGAUGAAGCAAUGGAAAUUAAAAGGAAAAUGAAUGAUGACCAAAUGUCAAAAUACAAACACAAACGAAAGACAGAAGAAAUCAGUAGAAGAGUCCAGUUCACUUCUGUGGUUGUGGCUGCUGUCAUUGAGGUGCCAUUUAUGAAUUCAGACAUUCAUCGGCCGCAAAACUUUUUCAACUACCUCAUCAGAAUAUUUGGCAUAAAUAAGAAAAUAGAUUGA